UCAAAAUGGCUAUCAUUCACCAUAUGUACCGCACGAUACGCACAUGUGGGAAAAAUACUAUUGGAUAACCUAAAGGACAAUAAAUUAACAGGAUGAGUUCUAUCAUAUUGAAUAACUUCGACAAAUUGAAGAAUAACAAUGACUCUACGAGAUUAAAAGCUGGAGUCACAUUAUUAAAUCAUUUAUGUCAAUAUGAUAUGGUAGGCACGGAGCAAGAUGACAAAGAAUUGAAGUAUGCACUAAGCAGACUAGUGCGUAGUCUAGGAUCUUCACAGACAAUUACAAGAAAAGGGAAUUACAGCACAUUAACGGUUUUCUUAAUGAUGCAUCCUGAAACUUCGAUAGACAAACUUUUAUCCCUAACAAAUACUCAAUUGCAUCCAAUUGGCAAAAAUCCUAAAAGUGAAAAUGCUGAUAUAUACAUGGGACGUAUACUACUAUGUGGUGCAUUAAUAAGAUCCAAGUUACUCAUUCAAAGUACAAUUGAGAUACAACAACAGAUUACUGAAAUUCUUUUGAAUGCUGGCAAACAACGCAGUUAUUUAUCAUUUAUUUCUGUCAUAUUUCUCAGUGAGUUUGUUACUCAACUUGAUGUUGAAUCUAUGAAGAAAGUUAUUUGGCCAAUUGUCGAGAAGGAAAUUGGCAAAUCCUGGUCUGAACAAACUUUGGAUACAUUUUAUUUACUGCUUGUUAUUGAAGAUAAAUAUCCAUCUCUAAUUAAUCAUAAGUUUUUAAAAGAGCAUUUUGGUGUGAAACAAAUUCUUGCUAAAGAAUCUAUAGAAGAUAUUGUCAAACUAUUAACGGCUUUACCUAGAAUUGUUUCUUAUCGACAUCCAGUGUUCAAAUUAUUUUGCAAAAAGCUUACAUCGACUGAAUUUAUAGCAGACUUUUGGAAAGCCAUUGAUCAGAGAUUUACAAAACCAUCAAAAAGCGAUGAAUAUGUUACUACAGAAAUUUUACAAUUGAUACUUUCUAAUAUUACAGAUAAAACUGUAAUUCCAUCAUUAUUAUCACCAAAUCUCUUGCAACACAUGUUAAAGAGAUUUUCCAACUGUAAGAGGAAUAAUAAUGAUGAAGUUUUAACAGCAUUUAGAAAAGUUUUACAUUUGGUGAUAUCUGCUACAAGUGACAAAGAUAUCAAGACAAAAACACAGUUAAAUAUAUUGAAGAAGCUCAUAUUACAUCCUGGUGAUCUAAUGAUAGAAAAGAAAACAGGUAUUAAGGUGAUCCAAAAAAUUACAGCAAAUCUGAGAUUAGAUGGUGUUAAAAAAUUAUGUCAAUUGUAUAGAGAUAUUAUAGAAAACAAAACAAGAGAAGAAAGAGAAAAUAUAAAAGUAGAAUUUUGGACAAAUGCUGAGCGAAGUUAUGCAGCACAACUAUUAACAAGGUUAAUAGGUCAUCGAGAGACACUUUUAGAUCAAGAAUGGAAGUUUGCACAACUUACAUUUCUAUUCAAUUAUGGAUUGUGUGAAGUGUCAAAUGUUGGAAUAGAAUUAGCGCCACAAUUUAAAAAUUCGUUUUAUCGUGCAUUGGAUCAUAAAUUGCCAAAAUUGGACGAUGUGCGCAAUUUAUUAAGUACACUCGUUCAUGAUUUGAAUUCCAAAUUACAAUCCAAUAUGAUACAAUUAAGAUCACCAUUGAGUGACGCAGCAUCUGAUGCUUGGAGAAGAGCAAUAGAUUUGAUUGAAAAACUAGAAAAAAAUACAAAAAAUGCAAUUGCCUUACCAAUAUUUCAUACGAUGAAUUUACACAUGAGUCUACAAUUAUUCUCAGAUCCUGAAAUGGCAAUUAUGUCAAUUAAUGAACUUGAAUGUUGUUAUGAGAGAUUAAUUAAAAAGUCCAAGGGACAUAAAAAACUUGAUGACACACCUACACCAGAAGAACCACAAUGGGUCGAAGUAAUAGUAGAUCUUUUAUUAUCUCUUUUAUCUAGGAAUAAUCAUUUAUUACGCUCAUUGGUUGAUAGUGUCUUUCCACAUAUUUGUCCAUAUUUGACUCCAUCUGCUGUUCAUCAGAUAUUGGCUAUACUAGAUAUAAAAAAUAAUCAAAAUACACUUAGUAUAAAACAAAAUGAUAAUGAAGAUAUAGAAAGUGAAUCAGAUAAUGAAGAAGAAGAAAAUGUUUUAAAUAGUAAAGUUUUACCAAAAGAAAGUAGAUUCGAAUCUAACAUAAAUAAAGAUGAGAAUGAUGAUGAUGAUGAUGAUAAUGAGGAGGAGGAGGGAGAAGGGAAGGAGGAGGAAGAGGAGGAAGAAGAGGAAGAUGAUGACGACGACGAUGAUGAUGACGAUGAUGAUAACGAUGAUGAUGAAACAGUGACUGAUAAAUUGAGACUAGCAGUACGUCAAGCUCUAGGUGAUGCUGCAACCCAAACUGAUGAUGAAGAUAUUGAUGUAGAUCAAAUAGGUGAAGAGGAAGGCAAACGUUUAAAUGAAUCAUUAGCAGCAGCUUUCAAGGUUUUACGUGAAAACCGUCAAGUUCGUUCUAAAAAACAAGAAAAAACGAGUGAAGCAUUGACACAUUUCAGAAUUCGUGUCAUAGAUUUAUUGAAUAUUUAUUUAGGGACUUGCCCAUCUAUGGCAGUUGCUUUAGAUAUAAUUAUACCGCUUUUCACUCUCUUAGAAUUCUGUAUAAAGGAUCCACAUCAACAACCACUCAAACAUAGAGUUCAGACCUGCUUAAAAAAAUUAUCAAUGAUAAAAAAGUUUGGAGAUACGACAGGUGUUGAUGAUACUUUGUUAACAACAGUGUUGAAGGCUCUAAUUGAAAAAGGAGAGCGUUCUGCUUUGAUCUGUCAGGAAAUAAGUGAAAACUUGGCCGAAUGCUGCACUUUUCUUGUAAAAUGUAUGCAACAAGCAAACUUAUCCAGCAAAAAUGUUAUAGAACUUUAUAGCAAAAACUUAACUACAUUCAUGAAAAAAAGGGACUGUAUACUUUCACUUAUAUUAUUUAAAAGUGUUUUACAAUUAUGCUGGGAAGAUAAUUGGCAGUUAGCACUUCUAUUGGUAAAUUCUGCUUUUGAUAGCAAUAUUCGGUACUUCCGUAGAAGUCAGGCACUUGAGUUAUUAAUAAUUCUAUAUAGGAAUAAUCGAUUGUUGAAUAUGGACACAAAAUAUGCUGACAUGAGAAUAAAAUUAGAAACAACGCUUUACAAAAAUACCAUAGACAUGUGUAAUGAUUUAUGCAAUUCGCAUUUAAGCGAUAAUGGGCAAUUUAUUUUAUAUAAUGGUACCAAAGAAGAUGUACAAAAGAAGGUCCUACAGAAAUUUAUUGGUCUUCUUUUGACAUUGUUGCACGCUAUUCACGUGCAUUAUUUGCCACAAGCAUGGAAUUGGCAAACUAUUAAAACAAUGCUUGUAAAAAUGUAUGAAAGUCAAAGCAUUUUUUCCACGGAUUUGAAAAGUGCAUAUAAAAAAUUGGCAAAACAGAUAGGAAUUCCAUUCGAUGUGAAAUUAAAAAAAAAUAAUCAAUUGAAUGGCUCAACUGAUGUUGCUUUACAAAGUAAUGGUAAACAAAGCAAUAUCACAUCCCAAAAUGGAAAAACUAGUGGUUCAGAAGAAGGAGAAGAAACUACGCAUAAUAAUAAUGUACAAAAGAAGAAAAAGAAAAAAAAUAAUCAAAAGGAAAAGCAAUUAUUGAAGAAAGAAGCACGUGAAUUACGCGCAAGAACAAUGUCUACAGAUAUAGAAUUGUUUAAAUUUAGCAAUGUCACUUUACCAGAAAAUGACAUAAAUGACAUGGAAGUUUUUCAAAAUGGGCAUUCAUAUAAAUCUAUGAAUUCGAAAUCAUUAAACAAAAGAGAUCAUGACAAGACAGUGGAAGAAAAUCGUGAACCUAAAAAGAGAAGAAUAAGUAUCAAUAAUGUUUAAUUUAUUCAUAGAUUUGCCAAUAUAAUAAAUGAUAAUAUGCAUAAGAUUUUUUUUUUUUUUUAUUGGUUUAUAUGUGAAAGUAAAUAUUCAAGCUAUAAAGCAAAACUAAAUUAAGAACUCUUUUUUUAUCUUAUCUAUAUCGUUGUAAUUAUUUUAAUGAAACAAUUUCUACAGUAUUGUGUCCGUGACAUUUGAUUACAUCAGAAAAGAUCAAAUUUGUACGUUUACACAGAUGAUAUUUUAAUAAUG